UCAGAGAGGAGUGGUGCCCGCCACCGACUUCUCUUUUCGACACUGCUAACACACAUCGAUGAUACGUGAGAAAAAAUGGCCGCCGGCUGUCUUGACGUGCGAAAGUACCUCACAAGUGGUGGUUCUCUCAUAAAACAGCGGGCGAUCGGUGGUGAGGCACAGUGUCUGCGAAUUAUCACGUCUAGCAGUGUCUCCACAGUAGCGGACAGCAGUCAGUGGUUUUGAGGUCGAUUUAAUCGACCGGCUCAGCUUCAGUUCAGUGCGAAAGGACUGUUUUUGGAUUUCCUUCAGUUGGAUCAAACCAGGAACAAUGAAGCUGAGUUACGUCCUGCUGCUGGUCCUGGUUGCCAUGGUAGUCGCUGACUCCACAGAGUACUACCAGGAAGAGGAUUACUAUCCUCAGGAGGAUCCCUCCAACUACUACUACAGCAACAGGAGGCAGGGUCGGCCCAGGAGGCAGGAAGGAUUCGUUGGAAAGCUGAGGCGUUUCUUCGGUAUCGGCUCCACCCGUCGUCAGUUCACUGGGCCCGGAACGGGCACCGGAACCGGAUUUACCGGAGCCGGAACCGGAUUCAACGGAGCCGGAACCGGAUUCAACGGAGCCGGAACCGGAUUCAACGGAGUUGGCGCUGGAGGACAGUUUGCCGGACCUGCCGCCGGGUUUGCCGGGCCCGGAGUGGCGGCGGCCGGAGGUGGUGGAUUCCCCCUGCUGCCCAUCCUGCUGGGAGGACUCGGUCUGGCCGCCCUGGCUGCCCUCAUCGGAGGAAUCUUCCUCGCUACUCAGCUUAACAACUCGGGCCGUGGCCUGGACACGGACGAGUGGGAGGUGGACCACUCGGUCUGGAUGGACCAGCUCCAUAAGGACUUCGAGGACUCGUGGAACGUAGAGUAAACGGGUCUUUGAAAAGUCAGAGUUGUGUUUUGAAAUGACAAGGUUCGUAUGCUACACUUUGCUUGCGAAAUGUUUCGCUAUGAGAACGAGUUAUCAGGUUUUCUUACGAAUUAGUUCAAAGUGCAAUUAUCGAUUGUUUGGCUAAUGUCGAUCUUGUCUGUGAUUUUACGGAGUAUUUGGUAUUUGACACUCCAAUACUUUGCUGCUUUUCAUGUUCUCUAUCCCUAAAAUCCAGGUUUAUAUGUCCAUCCCUACAGUCACCUAAUAUUUCUUGAAAACAUUUCCUUAUCCCCGAAUACUUACCGACUAAGUUUGGCAUUAUUUGAAGCACUUUCCGAAUCGAGCCGGCUGCAAACUGAAACAUUAAAUAGCGUUUACUUUCCUGUGCAAUAGACAGUGCAGCCUAUUGUUCAACUUAUACACAACUGUUGUUCUACAGGGUAGAAAAAAUAAUUCAUAGUCAUUCAAAAAGUUUUUAUUGCGUUAGGACACCCACAUCUAAAGAUGCCAUUUUCGUCACCGUCUUUCACCUUAUGUUGCUGCAACUGCAUUGUUAUGCAGAUGUCAGGGAUAAUUGUUUUUGUCUGUUUGGACCGAUGUUACGCUUUGUUAUUGUUGUUUUUACUUGUUGGAAUGUGUUUUGUGCUGUUAUCCUCAUUAUGAACACGUGUAUAUUGCUAAAUAUAUUUUGCAAACUAUAAGGUA